AAAGUAAUUUUGAAAAAAAAGACAUUUGAUUAAUAUUUAUAAAAUUCCUCGGAAUCAUUGUAAGAGUGAUGUUUAUGGUUACACUAAAAUUAUUCCGACAUCAAUAGUUAUCCAGUUUCCCACCCUCUCGUUUGAGUAUAAUUUGAUGAGAAUUUUUAUAUGUAGAAAUAAUUUUGGUUUAAACUUGUAACAAACAUGGGUAUAUUUAUUUUCUACUCAUAUAUUUCCAGGAAUAACAUUUAUGGAGUUGAAACAAAUAUCCCCUAAUAGAUUCAAAGAAAAUUAUAGUCCCCCUCAGAAAAUUACAACUUUCAUGACCAUUCAAGGGUAGUCAAAAUGAGUACAUAUUCAUGGUACAACCUACUUUACAUAGCUUCAGGCGUUAGCCGUGAAGGGAGUGUAAGAAAGGCUAUAUUAUAAACACACAGAUAAUGAUAAUGAAGAAGAAUGCACAAGGGGUGUAAAUGGAAUUGCAUGGCGUGUGCCGCACGCUUCGCGAAGCGAGACAACUCCACCUGUCGUUACUCAAAACUGGUACUCUGCAUUCAUCCGUCAUCACCACCAACCGCCUUCUACAAUUAUACUCCCGCCGCGGCUCUCUUCAAGAUGCAUCCAAAUUGUUCGACGAAAUGCCGCAAACAAACCCUUUCUCGUGGACCACCCUCAUCGAAGCUCACAUCAACUCAGGCAACACACACAAAUCACUGCAAUUGUUUCACGCCAUGCCCCACAAAACCCAUUACUCAUGGAACCUCCUCAUUUCAACGUUUUCCAAAUCUGGUCACCUUCAACUUGCUCACACUCUCUUCAACGCCAUGCCUGUGAAGAAUCCUCUUGUUUGGAAUUCCAUCAUUCAUGGUUAUUCUCGACAUGAGUAUCCCAGAAAAGCUCUGUUACUCUUUAAGGAGAUGAAUUUGGACUCCUCAGAAACUGUCCACUGCGAUGCGUUUGUGUUGUCAACUGUUUUCGGUGCAUGUGCUGAUUUGUUUGCUCUUGAUUGUGGGAAACAAGUUCAUGCACGUGUUUUCGUUGAUGGUUUUGAAUUCAAACUUGAUAAGGUCUUGUGCAGUUCGAUAGUUAAUUUUUAUGGGAAAUGUGGCGAUUUGGAUAGUGCUGCUCGUGUUGUGGGUUCUGGGAAUGAAGUUGAUGACUUUUCUUUAUCUGCUUUGGUAUCAGGUUAUGCAAAUGCUGGUAGAAUGAGAGAUGCAAGAAGGGUUUUUGGUAACAAGGUUGAUCCUUGUGCUGUGCUGUGGAAUUCGAUUAUUUCGGGUUAUGUCUUCAAUGGUGAGGAAAUGGAAGCAUUGGCUCUCUUUAACAUGAUGCGUACGAAUGGUGUUUGGGGAGACUUCUCUGCUGUUGCAAACGUUUUGAGUGCUGCUAGUAGCUUGCUCAAUGUUGAACUUGUUAAGCAAAUGCAUGAUCAUGCUUGUAAAAUUGGGGUGACUAGUGACAUUGUGGUUGCUAGUGCUCUGCUUGGUGCAUAUUCUAAAUGUAAACACCCUCAUGAAGCUUGCAAGUUGUUUAGUGAGAUCAAAGUCUAUGAUGCAAUCUUGCUUAAUACUAUGAUUACUGUGUACAGUAGUUGUGGAAGAAUUGAAGAUGCAAAGUGGAUUUUUAACACGAUGCCUAAUAAAACAUUGAUUUCAUGGAAUUCAAUUUUGGUUGGCCUCACUCAGAAUGCGUGUCCAAGUGAGGCGUUGGAUAUUUUUUGUAGGAUGAAUAAGCUGGAUGUGAAAAUGGACAAGUUUAGCUUUGCCAGUGUUAUCAGUGCUUGUGCUAGUAAAUCAUCUCUUGAACUUGGUGAGCAGGUUUUUGGUAAAGCUAUCACUUUGGGGCUUGAAUCCGACCAAAUCAUUUCUACAUCCCUUGUUGAUUUUUAUUGUAAAUGUGGUCUUGUUGAGAUGGGACGAAAAGUUUUUGAUGGAAUGAUAAAAACUGAUGAAGUUUCAUGGAAUACAAUGCUGAUGGGAUAUGCAACAAAUGGAUAUGGAAUAGAAGCACUGAGGCUUUUUAAUGAAAUGAGGUAUAGUGGUGUGAGGCCUUCUGCUAUUACUUUUACCGGAGUUCUUUCAGCAUGUGAUCACUGUGGUCUGGUCGAAGAAGGAAGAAAUCUGUUCCAUACUAUGAAGCAUGAAUAUGAUAUAAAUCCAGGGAUUGAACAUCACUCUUGCAUGGUUGACCUCUUUGCCAGAGCUGGUUGUUUUGGGGAAGCAAUGAAUCUUAUUGAAGAGAUGCCUUUUCAGCCUGAUGCAAACAUGUGGUUAUCGGUAUUAAGAGGCUGCAUAUCCCAUGGGAACAAGACUACUGGAAAGAUGGCUGCAGAGCAAAUUAUUAAGCUGGAUCCUGAAAAUCCAGGUGCUUAUAUACAAUUGUCUAAUAUACUUGCAACUUCUGAGGACUGGGAAGGAUCAGCAGAAGUAAGAGAGUUGAUGAGAUAUAAGAAUGUUCAGAAGAUUCCUGGUUGUAGCUGGACAGAUUGUUGAAUGUGAAACUCUGCGGAGUUUCUCAGUUCCUGGUGAAGAUUAAUGAACCUGAGGAGGACAACUCUUCAGUGAAAUAUGCUUGGGAUCACCAUUAAGCUUUCAAAAUUUUUUCUGGAUUAUUUUCAGCACCCACUAACCAAUUUAAAGAGAAUGAAGGGCUAAAAAUGGCUUGAGUUGGGUUGAUACUGUUUUUUGCAAACAGUAAUGUAAAUGCUCUAGCAGUAAUGUAAACGCCUUGAGUGUAGGAUAAUAGGCAGCAAAAGUUUGAAGUUUUUUGGUGCAUAUGCAUCAUACUAUUUGCCGCAGGUGACAGAAAUUUAGGCAACAUAAAAAAGAAUGUUAUGUUAUUUUCUACUCAAAUAAAUAAGAGGAGAUGUAUUAUUUUUUAGUUUUCUUUCAUUCUAAUUUGAUGGAGAAAUAAUGCAA